AUGACGCAGCUUUUUGCGUCCAGUCCUUCGGCCAUGUCUAACGAAAAGCGCGGGAAUUUCCCCGGCCUCUCGCUACCAUCUCGGAAACACUCCAACGAGUCGGGCCACCUCCCUACGAAGAUCAAAAACUUUUUCCGGAUCAAUAGCUCCAGCAGCCAUACAUCUUCGCACAGCGGUAGCCCAACCAGCAAUGAGCGCGAACGGGAGAAGGAGUCUCUCUCCAAGAACGAAAAGUCCCCUUUCCGACAGUCACGAUUCUUGCCUGCCAUCGGCCGCAAUCGCUCAACAACUGUUGCCAGUGAAGGUAACCCUCUCGACGACGGAGUUUCGCCCACUGCGACUGCGAACCCAUACUUUGCCCACCAGGGCCAACCUGCGUUGCGACAUCGGAAUGAAGGGUCGGUCCCUUCAUCUCCUCCUGAUACACCCGAGCUGCAGGUCACCGGGGUUUCGGCUGUGGAGCAGGCUACCACCGCCAACAAGGAAGAACUAGCCCGCAAGUUGCGGCGUGUGGCGUCUGCUCCCAAUGCCCAGGGCCUCUUUGCAAGCGGACAGGGACAAGACCGACCUCAAACGGCCGAGAUGGGCAAGGAGCCUCUUGUGGAGGCAUCCGGCUCGACACUCGAGUUGAACAACGAAAAAGAGCUUGCCCUUUCUGUGCCCUCUAUUGGUUUGGGCCACAAGCUCGAUGGCGAUGAUGGUAGCUUCCGCCGCACGUACAGCUCGAAUUCCAUCAAGGUUCGCAACGUGGAAGUGGGACCCGCCAGUUUUGAUAAGAUCAAGUUGAUUGGCAAGGGUGAUGUGGGGAAAGUAUACUUGGUCCGCGAGAAGAAAUCGAGCCGCCUAUAUGCGAUGAAAGUCUUGAGCAAGAAGGAAAUGAUCAAGCGGAACAAGAUCAAGCGUGCUCUGGCCGAACAGGAGAUCUUGGCAACAUCGAACCAUCCGUUCAUUGUCACUCUGUUCCACUCGUUCCAGUCAGAGGACUAUUUGUACCUCUGUAUGGAGUACUGCAGUGGAGGAGAGUUCUUUCGAACUCUGCAAACUCGACCUGGCAAAUGCAUCUCGGAAGAUGCCGCCCGAUUUUAUGCUGCCGAGGUGACUGCUGCCCUGGAGUAUCUCCAUCUGAUGGGUUUCAUUUAUCGCGACCUUAAACCAGAGAAUAUUCUACUGCAUCAAUCAGGCCAUAUCAUGUUGUCGGACUUUGACUUGUCAAAACAGUCUGGACCGGGCGGUGCCCCUACUAUGAUCCCUGGCCGGGUUGGCGGCAACGCCAGCGCUGCUCUGCCCACCAUUGACACGAAAUCCUGCAUUGCCGACUUCCGCACAAAUUCCUUUGUUGGAACUGAGGAGUACAUUGCCCCCGAGGUCAUCAAAGGCUGCGGACAUACCAGUGCAGUCGACUGGUGGACCUUGGGUAUUUUGAUUUAUGAGAUGCUGUAUGGUACCACGCCCUUCAAGGGCAAGAACCGUAAUGCGACAUUUGCCAGCAUCCUGCGGGACGAUGUGCAAUUCCCGGAACAUUCGGGCGCACAGCAGACCACCAGCCUGUGCAAAUCCUUGAUCCGCAAACUAUUGAUCAAGGAUGAGACCAAGCGUCUCGGUGCCCGUGCCGGCGCAUCGGAUGUCAAAACCCAUGCCUUCUUCCGAUCAACCCAGUGGGCACUCAUCCGCCACAUGAAGCCGCCCAUGAUCCCGCAUCAGGGUCGUGUUGGUACAGAUACGGUGAACUUCCGCAAUGUCAAGGAAAGUGCCAGUGUGGAUAUCGGUGGCAACAAUGCCUCCAAGCUGAAGGGAGUCCCCAUGGAUUCCGGCCUGGCAACCCCCAAUGGCGAGUUGAACGACCCCUUCGAGGAGUUCAACAGCGUCACUCUCCACCAUCAGGGAGACCACUGA